UAAACAUUUUUCGAACCCUUGAUAACAUAAGCUUCUGACAAACAUUGAUUGAUUUCUUUUUCAUCCUAUUAGAUGACUCGAUGGACUUAGAUCCAAAUUAUGAUCCAUCUGAUUUCCUUAAUUUCGGCAAUCGUGCUACCAGUAAUAACAACACUGACGAUUUACAAGCAUCCCAGUCGAAAGAUGAUGAGCAAUUACCUGAUGGUCCAAUGUCAGGCGAUAUGCCUUCUAUGCCGCAGAUGUCCCUUAUUAUGCCUGGCAAUGACAAUGUUGGUAUUGACGAAGACUUGGCCAUUUCCGAAAGUGACGAAGAGGAUGAUGGCGGCAAUGCAACCAUGAAGAGUGAAGUUUUUAAUGAUAGUGGCGAAAUGGCCAAUGAUGGCAUGGAUACCAAUAUGAUUGCCGGCUCAGCUGUGUCUCAAGAUAACGAGGUUCCAAUGAAUGUGGAUACGUCGAAGCAGGAGCAACAUCAUCAGCACGAUGAUAAUGACGAUGAUGACUGGUUACACUUUUAAUUUAAAGUUAGUUUCGAUACUGUUUAAAUAUCUUAUUUAAUAAAUAUGUUACUAAUUAUUUUAAUGAAGUAUUUAUGAAAA